GCUUGGAGACCAGUACAAGAACACUGAGCACCCCCAGCCCGGGCCUGAUCCUGCCGUCUAAGUCCUCCUCCCUCUCCUCACCUGCCCUUUCCAGUAAUGGCCACGAGACCAACUCCUCCUCCUCCUCCUCCGCCCACACCGAGACGGUGGCCGUCAUCCACCCUCAGCCCGGCGGCCACGCCCGCUCCAGGCAGUCGAAGACCCACCCCCACCRGCCCAUCGACCUCCUCCCGGACCACACGCUCCUGCAGAUCCUCUCCCACCUUCCCACCAACCAGCUGUGCCGCUGCGCGCGCGUCUGCCGGCGCUGGUACAACCUGGCGUGGGACCCGCGGCUGUGGAGCACCAUCCAGCUCGCCGGAGAGCUGCUUCACGCCGACCGCGCCAUCCGGGUCCUGACCCACCGGCUGUGUCAAGACACGCCCAACGUGUGUCUGACGCUGGAGACGGUGGUGGUCAACGGCUGCAAGCGGCUCACCGACCGGGGACUGCACAUCCUGGCCCAGUGCUGUCCUGAGCUGCGCCACCUGGAGGUUGCCGGCUGUUACAACGUGUCGAACGAUGCCGUGUUUGAGGUGGUGUCCCGCUGCCCCAACCUGGAGCAUCUGAACCUCUCAGGCUGCUCGAAGGUAACAUGCAUCAGUCUGACCCAGGAGGCCUCGCUGCAGCUGUCUCCGCUUCACGGCCAGCAGAUCUCCAUUCACUACCUGGACAUGACGGACUGUUUUUCACUCGAGGACGAGGGUUUGCGAACUAUCGCCUCCCACUGCCCCCGCCUCACCCACCUGUACCUGCGCCGCUGCGCCCGGCUGACGGACGAGGCCCUGCGCCACCUGGCCCUCCACUGCCCCUCCGUGAGGGAGCUGAGCCUCAGCGACUGCCGCCUGGUCGGGGACUUCGGCCUGCGCGAAGUGGCCCGCCUGGAGGGCUGCCUGCGCUACCUGAGCGUGGCCCACUGRGCCCGCAUUACCGACGUGGGCAUCCGCUACGUGGCCCGCUACUGCCCGAGACUCCGCUACUUAAACGCCAGGGGCUGCGAGGGGAUCACGGAUCACGGCCUGGGCCACCUGUCCCGGAGCUGCCCCAAACUGAAGUCCCUGGACGUGGGGAAGUGCCCGCUGGUGUCGGACAGRGGGCUGGAGCAGUUGGCCAUGUACUGCCAAGGCCUGAGGCGGGUCAGCCUCAGGGCGUGCGAGAGCGUGACGGGCCGGGGACUCAAAGCGCUCGCGGCCAACUGCUGCGAGCUGCAGCUGCUCAACGUGCAGGACUGCGAGGUGCCUCCAGAGGCGCUGCGCUUCGUCCGGCGCCACUGCCGGCGCUGCGUCAUCGAGCACACGAACCCGGGCUUCUACUGACACGUCCGCUCCUCCAAAUAUUGUAAUACUCCUGCGAUGCUGUUAGCAGAAUUCAGCCGAUGUAUUAGAUUGGGUUUAAACCUGGUGUGCAAUACAGGCCUUUAUAUUAUCUGCUCGAUGGCUGCAAGUGCCGUUCUUUAAAAAAAAUACUUCACCAGAAUGUAUUUAACAUAUUUAUCUGUAAAAGAAAAAGCCAGAGAAGUACAAUAUUUUACUAUUCCCCACCAGCGUUAACAACAUGCUACAACAUUGAGCACUGGGUACAGAUGUGUUAGCCUUUAAAGUCUCUUAAUAUAUGUUUUACUUUAAAACUCAACAUUACUUUAAAGCUCUGUAUUCUAUCUUGAAGUGGGGUUCUGUGGGUAGGUUAUGAAUAGGCAACAUCUUACCUGUUGUAGAUCGCUCUUUGAACAACUUCAGUUUAGAGAAAAACUAAUUGGAUGAUAAUCGGAUGAGCUAACCACUAUGGCGUGUUAUUUUAUUYUUAUUWUUGUUGUUUUAAGAUGGCAGUAACUCACUUUGGUUUUGGCUCUGCACAGACUAGCCUUUUGCUCAUUGUUCCAUUCAGAGUCAUUUCUUUGUGAUCUUUCUACAACAGGUAAGAUAUUGUUUACACAACACUCCAAAUCAAAAUAUCUGAACUGUUGCUUUAAAACCAUAAAAAAUAAUCACUUUCAUGCGUUAUUCUGACUAUUUAUAAUAAUAAAAAAAUMAUCAUCAGAUUAAAUCAGAGAGGAUGUGGCAACAAAGCAGCAAUAAAUUACAUCUGGUAAAACGAAAUCCACUCAAGUUUCACCUCUCUUUGUGUUUUGUGCCUUUGCACUUUAUUCAGCUCUACUGACAAUCAUUUAAACGGAGCUCAAAGUGUCGUAUUUCACAUUACAUCUGUCUUUAUUAAAGGUCACUGUUCCGUGUGAGGAGCUUUCCUGCCAUCAGAAACCACACGACCAGGGAUCAUUGUUGGAAAUAAACAGGAACACAUUGCUGCUAUGACUGUGCCAAUAAAUAUCUUCCUAAACCCAAA